AUGCCUCCCGUCGGCAGCAACAGCUCAGCGUUGGACUCGUUCCUGACCGAGAUCAUCGCGAGCGUCAGAGGCAAAAAUGGAGGCCGGAUCACCGAGCUCAUCCAGCUCGACUUCGACAGCUUGACGCCAGACCGGCAAAAGCCAUACGCGGAUCUGAAUCAAGAGCUGAACCGCAAUUUCCCCCCCGCGAAUGACGGAGGACUCGUGUCGCGGUGCAGAAAUGCUCUCCCGCAAGACGAGUUCGGGACCUUCAGCACUACAUUCUCCGAGAGUAUCAUCCAAUAUUUUCGGUAUCUGCGGGAUUUCACGACGGCCGACAACCAGUCCAAAGCGUCCAAAAUCAGGCAGUUGACGAGCCAAUGUGUCACUGCGCUCGGAGAUUCGAAAUAUGGAGUGAUCAUGAUACCCAUUGUGCUCUCCUUCUCACGUACUCUGGCGAUGGUGGCCACGAACUUGGACCGCAACCCGGCCUUGAUCCGAGACAGUAAUCUUCCUGCCACGCAGAACACGGAAGGCGCUCCAGGGAAAGUCAGCUUCGUGGAAGACGCGGCCAACGUGCUACGGGAUGCAUUCAUCAAAUGUUUGGCGGGGAGUCCUGGUGUACAACGAACCAGCAGGCCGUCCGCGGACGACAAGCGCGUGGGAAUCUAUCUGACGGCCAACUCGUGCCUCAAGCUUCUCAUCCAGUGUCGCAAACUGCGCAACGCGCAGCAAAUGUUCUCCAGCAUUGAUGCACAGUCUCCGCCCCUGUCAUAUUAUCCCGCCGCACAGCGAGUCACGUACCUGUACUACCUGGGACGGUACCAUUUCGCCAACAACCAUUUCCGACGUGCUCAAGCCGUGCUCGAGAAGGCAUACGAGCAAUGUCACCGCCAAGCCAUCAAACAUCGACGACUGAUCCUGACGUACCUGAUGGCGGCCAACAUCUGUUUGGGCCGGUUACCCUCGCCGGCACUGCUGUCGCGGCCGGAAGCGUCCGAGAUCGGGGCGAGAUACGUGCCGCUCUGCAAGAUCAUCCAGAGCGGUGACUUGGCCCGGUUCCAGCAAUACCUAGAUCUGGACAGUGAUUCGGGCCAAUGGUUUUUGAAGAGGUCUGUCCUUCUCCAGCUACAAGAUCGAUGCGAGAUCAUUGUUUGGAGGAGUCUCAUCCGCAAGACGUUCCUCCUGAGCGGCUACAUGGGCGAGGAAAAGAAGGUCCCUUUCUUGAGAUUACAAAAUGUCCGUCACGUGGCGUCUUGGGCGCUGAAGAGGCUGAAAGACAACGGAGCGGCCAAUAGCAACGGGCUACAUACGACAAGUAACGGGACAAACUACGUCGAUCCGGAGUUUGCAGGCAUCGAUGCGGCGAUCAACGAGACGGGAUUUGAUCCAGAAAGCGGACAAUACCUUGACGAGUACAUUGGUCAGCACGUGCCCGCUGUCGACCAACCUGAAGACCCACCUACCAUGGCGGAGGUUGAAUCUGUCGUUCUCAGUCUGAUCCAGCAGGGGCUGCUGAGAGGGUUUGCCCUCCACACGAACCCUCGGUUUGCAAUACCGGGAAGCCAGAAGGCCGGAGGGCCGAUGCGGGCAGGAUUUCCUCCAGUCUGGAGCGUCAUCGAGAGUAAACAGACUGAAGCGGCAGUGCCCGGUCUGGUUGAGGAGGCAAACCUUGGUUCGGAAGGAGGACGGGUGGUGCGGAUUUUUGGAGCCCGGCCAGCGGUAGCAUGA